GCUGAUUCGUGUAAACAAUUCACUCAAUGCACAAGAGAGAGCAAGAUAGUAAAACGAAAACAUGAUACGUGGGUAGGCGGUGCAUCGUCUCGCAAAAACUAAUCACUGCAGUGUUUUGAUUAAUUUUCACAUUGAAAUAACAUAAUUCUAUUGACUACACAACGAUGGCUGAUCUCAAGAAAGACCUGGAUGAAUAUCUGCUGCUCCAAAGCGACCAGAAGAAGAACUUCAAACUGGAAAUGCCGAAGAUGCCUUCAAUAUCCACACCCGGGCUGGUGGGAAAACUAUUCGGAAAGAAUCAGGAACCUGAGGCGAACAGUUGGCUCAAGGACACCCAAGACAGUUGUUGUCCCAAGUUGAGUCGAAUACAGCGGAUUGUUGGCUUUGUGACGUGUAUGGGAUUGGGUGUAUUUUGCAUGACCGUGUCGACGUUUUAUAUUCCGAUGUUAAUACUCAAAGCAAGAAAGUUUGCUCUCCUAUACACGCUUGGAAGUCUUUUCUUCAUCAUGAGCUUCUCUUUCCUAAGUGGCUUCGGUACCACGUUCAGACAGCUAUUUUCGAAGGAACGACUUGCGCUUUCCAUCUCGUACAGUAGUUGUCUCGUCGCAACUUUAUAUUUCGCAAUGAUCGAACAGAGUACGGCCCUAACGGUUCUGUUCGCCGUAGCACAAAUCAUCUCCCUACUGUGGAUGAUCCUCGCUGCUAUCCCAGGCGGGAUGACCGGCAUUAAAUUUUUUGGCCAAAUGUUCCGGAGUUCGGUGUCGAACACGUUGCCGGUGUGAACGAAAAAAAACGCAAUUGAACCAAAAUUUGAUUAUUGCUGCUUUAGAAGUGACUGUCAGAAGUCAUAUCAGGGUGUGACCCAGAAUUGAAUAUGUAUCAGUAUAUUGAAGACUUCUUAAUGAAAGAAUAAACUAAAUUUUCACUGUCCAAGUA